CGUUGCUCGGUACUUGUUUGAAUGAAUGAAUGGAUGAAUCAGUCAUGUGAAAUGUCCGACGGCAGGGAUACAGAAGGGGCGCUUUCGGCACCCAAAUUCCUCGCGUCGCGAGAGGUUGGCGUAGAUUGAUUGGUGAGUGUCGUCAUUUUCUUCACGCUGUGAUUCCAGUGUCAACGUUCGGCGAACGGCUGUCAGUGACUACACGGGCAAGCUCUGUUAUUGUCGAUGCUUCGUCUCCAUUGCCCUGAUGUCGGCAUUGCUGGCUCGCUACUGCAGAGCUGGCGACUGAUACUCCGUCAGCAUCCGGAUCUUCGUUGUCGGGUGUGGUAAUGGUAUUGCUGUCUUCGUUCUCACUGUUGUUACCGGGAUCUGUCUCGUUGCUUUCUUCCUCAGCAGUUUCGUCGUUAUCACUUCCGUCUUCAUUACUGUCAUCAUUUUGUGCACUCUGUUGUUCUUGAUCUUGCAUACUAGCGGCAAUCGCCAUUGCAAUUUGUUCUUCCUCUGAUAGUGCCAUCAGACUACUGCUUGCAAAGGCAGAGUGUGGAUGACGUUGCCGCCUAUACCAAGUCGAUCUUCUACUAGCAGCUGCCGAAAUAGAGCUGGCGUUCCCAUUGUGUAUGUCCAACCGACCAGUCAAAAGCGACCGCAACAAAGGAAAACCCUCCUGCUGGUCAAGAUCGUUUUGAGUACUACUAUCGUUGUUGCUGUUCGCACUCCCCCGGGAUCCUCGCUCUCCUUGGCCAAUACUAUGUAUGAUGGCGCGCUCUAGUGCUGAUAGAUCGUCAUUGUCAUCUCCUUCCAAAAAAUUCGCAAGCUGAUCCACGUUUCUUGCUGAUCCACUUCGCACUCGAAGUAGCCGACGAUUUCCAGUGGCUUGAGUUCUUGAGUUAUUUCCGCUAGUGCUUCUUCGGUAGGCCCGAUCGUUUUCCAGACGACGUUCUUCGGCUUCGGCCUCGAUUUUCAGCACCAAUGGGUGGCAGUGCUGGGCUUUCAUUUCUUCCUCCAAUCGUUGACGCUCUUCAGUUGUCAUUGCAAUCGACUCCAUGAUUUCUCUAUCUUUUUUGGGUGUGCUUGAACCUUCCGUGGAAGCGAAACUCUCCGACCUCUUCUUGAAUCUUUUGAAGCGUUCAUCCUUUUCCAAUUCGGAGCCAAAUUUGCUGGUUGUCGUUGGAGGAGUAUGCGGAGCGACGGAUGCUGUACUCUUUUUCUUGGUAUUCGCAGUAGGUUCGCUUACAUUGCUGCAGCUGGAACUUGCAGAUACAGACGCUGUUGUCAUCGAGGACGCUGAGGAUAUUGUUCCUGGCACCAAAGACAAGCUUUUCUUCUUUGAAAUCGUAACAGAAAAAUUUUCGCAAUUGCAAAACGGACACGCCGAAUCCUUUUCUUUUUGGGGUCUCACCUGCAGAUAGCACUCAGUACAUAUAACAGCAUUGCAGCAACGAGUUAUAUUGACAGCACUGUAGGACAAAAAACAAAUAGGGCAUUCUUCCAUGUUGCAACCGCUGCUGGGAUCCGGGUACUCCUCUCCUUUGAGCCGAGCGGCGAUUUUUCCGUCCGAAAUUAAUCUUCGAACGACCU